CGGACUGAGUGCCGGAGGGGCGGCAGGCAGGCAGGCAGGCAGGAAGCGGCUCCGUCAGGCAGGAGGAGCCGCCGCGCGACUUUCGGAAUACAGAUCCAUGCCAGGCUCGCCGGGGGUUUCAUGAAGCCGGGCUGUGUGUGGAUUACCUCGCCGUAAUUCCGAGGAGAGAGAGGGCGACGGGGAGCGCCUGGGGAGCGGCGAGGCGAAAGAGUCCUUCUGGAGCCUGGAAUCAUGUGAGGAACAUUGCUGUGGCAAGAGACACACACAGGGAGUUUUGAGGUUCACACUCCCUUUCCUCCUCACUCUCCACCACAGGAUGGAACAGAGAAAGAUCUGGCCUCGGAUAUGGGACUCCGAAGACUCAUCAGUGGCCUUGAUGUUUCUUUGCCUGGUUUUAUUUUCAUUGAACGCCACUAGCACUCCCGUCUAUAAUACCUUCCACUCUGAGAACCGUGAUUGGACUUUCAACCAUUUGACUGUCCAUCAGGCCACUGGAGCAGUCUAUGUGGGAGCCAUCAAUCGGGUUUACAAGCUGUCUGGAAACUUGACCAUCUUGGUUGCUCACAAGACAGGACCAGAGGAGGACAACAAGUCCUGCUACCCACCACUCAUAGUGCAGCCCUGCACUGAGAUCCUAACACUGACUAACAAUGUGAACAAGCUGCUGAUAAUUGAUUACACAGAAAAUAGGCUGUUGGCCUGUGGGAGCCUCUACCAAGGAGUCUGCAAGCUGCUGCGAUUGGAUGAUCUCUUCAUCCUGGUGGAACCAUCUCACAAGAAGGAACACUAUCUUUCCAGUGUUAACAAAACUGGCACUAUGUAUGGAGUUAUAGUUCGCUCUGAGGGUGAGGAUGGGAAGCUUUUCAUUGGUACAGCAGUAGAUGGCAAGCAGGAUUACUUCCCCACUCUUUCCAGCCGGAAGCUGCCACGUGACCCAGAGUCAUCAGCUAUGUUGGAUUAUGAGCUUCACAGUGACUUUGUUUCGUCACUCAUAAAAAUCCCUUCAGACACACUGGCCUUGGUCUCACACUUUGACAUCUUUUAUAUCUAUGGAUUUUCCAGUGGCAACUUUGUCUAUUUUCUGACUGUCCAGCCAGAGACUCCUGAGGGUGUCUCCAUCAAUUCAGCUAGCGAUCUCUUCUACACAUCUCGAAUUGUGCGUCUCUGCAAGGAUGACCCCAAGUUCCACUCCUAUGUUUCUCUGCCAUUUGGUUGUGUCAAAGGUGAUGUGGAAUAUCGCCUCCUACAGGCAGCCUACCUUUCCAAGCCUGGGGAGGUGCUGGCCAGGUCCCUCAAUAUUACUGCCCAGGAUGAUGUCCUUUUUGCCAUUUUCUCCAAGGGACAAAAGCAGUAUCACCAGCCCCCUGAUGACUCAGCUCUUUGCAUCUUUCCCAUCCGUGCUAUCAAUGCCCAAAUUAAGGAGCGCUUACAGUCUUGCUACCAAGGGGAAGGCAACUUGGAACUCAACUGGCUGCUUGGGAAAGAUGUUCAGUGUACCAAGGCGCCAGUCCCAAUAGAUGACAACUUCUGUGGGUUGGACAUUAACCAGCCACUGGGAGGUUCCAUACCAGUAGAAGGGGUGACUCUUUACACAUCCAGCCGCGAUCGGAUGACUUCUGUCACUUCAUAUGUCUACAAUGGCUACAGUGUGGUGUUCGUGGGCACCAAGAGUGGCAAGCUGAAGAAGAUCCGAGCAGAUGGGCCUCCUCAUGGUGGCAUUCAGUAUGAAAUGGUGCCAGUUUUCAAGGACGGGAGUCAUAUCCUUCGUGACAUGGCCUUCUCCACAGAUCAUAAUUACCUCUAUGUCAUGUCAGAAAGACAGGUGUCUCAGGUUCCCGUUGAAUCAUGUGAACAGUACACAACCUGUGGAGAAUGUCUGAGUUCAGGAGACCCUCACUGUGGUUGGUGUGCUCUGCACCAUACGUGUUCCCGGAGGGACAAGUGUGAGAGGGCAGAUGAACCAUAUCGAUUUGCAGCCAGCAUCAAGCAAUGCAUGAGCAUCAUUGUGCAACCCAGCAGUAUCCCGGUUUCUGAGCACAGCCUUCCGCUCAGCUUGCUGGUGAGAGACGCACCUGACCUGUCGACUGGUAUCACUUGCGUAUUUGGAAACCUCACUGAAGUUGAAGGCCAAGUUUUGGGCAACCAAAUUGUAUGCAUUUCACCAGCAUCAAAAGAUGUUCCUGCCAUACCUGUGGACCAAGAUUGGUUUGGGAUAGAGCUGCUUCUGAAAUCCAGAGAGACGGGCAAGAUGUUUGUCAGUACAGAGUUCAAGUUCUACAACUGCAGUGCCCACCAGCUGUGCCUGUCUUGUGUGAACAGUGCUUUUCGUUGCCACUGGUGUAAAUAUCGAAACCUCUGCACUCAUGAUCCCACAACGUGUUCGUUUCAAGAGGGGAGGAUCAAUGUCUCUGAGGAUUGCCCACAGCUGUUCCGUACAGAAGAGAUUUUGAUCCCUGUUGGUGAAGUGAAGCCCAUCACCCUGAAGGCUAGAAAUUUACCUCAGCCUCAGUCCGGCCAGCGUGGCUAUGAGUGUGUCCUCAACAUCCAAGGGGUAGUCUAUCGGGUGCCUGCUCUGCGCUUCAAUAGUUCAAGUGUCCAGUGCCAGAAUAGUUCUUAUCUCUAUGAUGGAAUGGACAUAAGUAACUUAGCAGUAGAUUUUGCUGUGGUUUGGAAUGGAAACUUCAUUAUUGACAACCCAGAGGAUUUGAAAGUUCACCUGUACAAAUGUGCAGCCCAGCGGGAAAGUUGUGGGUUGUGCCUGAAAGCAGAUCAGAAAUUUGAGUGUGGCUGGUGCACUGGAGAAGGGAGGUGUACUCUGCGUCAGCACUGCCCCUCUCCUAUUGGUGGAUGGGGAAGGUGGCUCGACUGGUCAAGCAGGAAUGUCAAAUGCUCCAACCCACGAAUCACUGAGAUCCUAACAGUGUCGGGCCCACCAGAGGGAGGAACACGAGUUACAAUUCGUGGUGUUAACCUGGGCCUGGAUUUCUCCGAGAUCGCCCACAACGUACAAGUGGCUGGUGUGGAAUGUACUCCAUUGGAGGAGCAGUACAUUAUUGCUGAACAAAUUGUGUGCGAGAUGGGACAGGCUGAGCCUGACAUCAGUUCCGGCCCUGCACUUCUCUGUAUUGGAGAGUGCAAGUCAGAAUUUGUGGCCAAGUCUGCACAGCAUUACACAUUUGUGAACCCUGCAGUGAGCACCUUGAGUCCUAGCCGUGGACCAGAGUCAGGAGGGACUAUGGUGACCAUCGCUGGCCAUUUUCUGGGGGCUGGCAGCAGUGUAUCGGUGUUGCUGGGUAACCAGACCUGCGAGUUUUAUGGGAGGUCCAUAAACGAAAUUGUGUGUGUGUCGGCACCUUCCACUCAUGGCCUUGGCUCUGUCCAUGUCUCAGUCAGUGUGGACCGGGCCCAGUUAGAGAGCAUGUUGCAGUUUGAGUAUAUUGAUGACCCCAGAGUUCAACGUAUUGAUCCUGAGUGGAGCAUUGCCAGCGGCCACACACCUCUGACUGUCGCAGGGUCCAACCUGGAUGUCAUACAAGAGCCCAGGAUCCGAGUGAAGUACAAUGGCAAAGAAUCUGUCAAUGUAUGCAAAGUUGUGAAUUCAACCACCCUAACUUGCCUGGCUCCCUCCCUCACUCUGGAGUACCGACCUGGUUUGGAUGCUGUUGAGCGACCUGAUGAGUUUGGAUUCAUCUUUAACAAUGUUCAGUCCUUGCUGAUUUACAAUGACACCAAGUUUAUCUAUUACCCAAACCCUACCUUUGAACUUCUGAGUGCCACUGGGGUGCUAGAUCAGAAGCCAGGCUCACCCAUAAUCUUGAAGGGUAAAAAUCUGUGUCCCCCUGCCACUGGUGGAGCAAAGCUGAAUUACACUGUUCUGAUUGGAGAGACUCCUUGUGCUGUCACCGUCUCUGAGACCCAGCUGCUGUGUGAGCCGCCAAAUCUCACCGGACAACACAAAGUUAUGGUACAUGUAGGUGGCAUCAUCUUCUCCCCUGGCUCAGUGAAUGUGAUCUCGGACAGCCUCCUGACCUUGCCAGCUAUUGUCAGCAUUGCAGCAGGAGGCAGCCUUCUUCUAAUCAUCGUCAUUAUUGUCCUCAUUGCUUACAAGCGCAAAUCUCGUGAAAACGACCUAACCCUCAAGAGGCUACAGAUGCAGAUGGACAACCUAGAGUCUCGGGUGGCCCUUGAAUGUAAAGAAGCUUUUGCAGAGCUGCAGACAGACAUCAACGAGUUAACCAGCGACCUGGACCGCUCAGGGAUCCCGUACCUUGACUAUCGCACAUAUGCCAUGAGGGUCCUCUUCCCUGGCAUAGAGGACCACCCUGUCCUGCGUGAACUCGAGGUGCAAGGGAAUGGACAGCAGAAUGUUGAAAAGGCCUUGAAGCUAUUUGCCCACCUGAUCAAUAACAAGGUCUUUCUGCUGACAUUCAUCCGUACCCUGGAGAUGCAGCGAAGUUUCUCUAUGCGUGACCGUGGCAAUGUGGCUUCCCUCAUCAUGACAGGACUUCAGGGAAAGCUAGAAUAUGCCACUGAUGUCCUGAAGCAGUUGCUCUCUGAUCUGAUUGAGAAGAACCUGGAGAACAAGAAUCAUCCCAAGCUUCUCCUGCGCAGGACUGAAUCAGUGGCUGAGAAGAUGUUGACUAAUUGGUUUGCUUUCCUUCUCCACAAAUUCCUAAAGGAAUGUGCUGGAGAGCCACUCUUCAUGUUGUACUGCGCCAUCAAGCAACAGAUGGAGAAAGGCCCAAUUGAUGCCAUUACGGGGGAGGCACGUUAUUCCCUGAGUGAGGACAAGCUGAUCCGGCAGCAGAUUGAAUACAAAACUCUAAUCUUGAACUGUGUGAAUCCAGACAAUGAGAACAGUCCUGAGAUUCCUGUGAAAGUGUUGAACUGUGACACCAUCACUCAGGUCAAAGAGAAGAUUCUGGAUGCAGUGUAUAAAAAUGUCCCAUACUCACAAAGGCCACGAGCUGUUGACAUGGACUUGGAGUGGCGGCAAGGCCGAAUAGCACGUGUGGUCCUUCAGGAUGAAGAUAUCACCACAAAGAUUGAGGGUGACUGGAAGCGGCUAAACACCUUGAUUCAUUAUCAGGUGUCUGAUCGCUCUGUAGUGGCCCUUGUUCCUAAGCAGACCUCAUCCUACAACAUUCCCGCCUCUGCCAGCAUAUCACGGACCUCAAUUAGCAGAUAUGCUUCUUUUUCCUCCUGCCCAGAUUCCACAUUUCGGUACACAGGCAGCCCAGACAGUCUCCGUUCCAGGGCUCCCAUGAUUACCCCAGACCUAGAGAGUGGGGUGAAAGUCUGGCACUUAGUCAAGAACCAUGACCACGGUGACCAGAAGGAAGGUGAUCGGGGCAGUAAGAUGGUGUCAGAGAUCUACCUGACAAGGCUGCUUGCUACAAAGGGUACGCUGCAAAAGUUUGUGGAUGACUUGUUCGAGACCUUGUUCAGCACUGUGCACCGAGGCAGCGCUCUCCCACUGGCCAUCAAAUAUAUGUUUGAUUUCUUGGAUGAGCAAGCGGAUAAGCACGGCAUCCACGACACUGACGUGAGGCACACAUGGAAGAGCAACUGCCUUCCCCUCCGUUUCUGGGUGAAUGUAAUUAAAAAUCCACAGUUUGUCUUCGACAUCCAUAAGGGAAGUAUCACAGAUGCCUGCCUCUCAGUUGUGGCCCAGACCUUUAUGGAUUCUUGCUCCACCUCAGAGCACCGUCUGGGCAAGGACUCCCCCUCCAACAAGCUGCUCUAUGCUAAGGACAUACCCAGCUAUAAAAGCUGGGUAGAGAGGUAUUAUGCAGACAUUGCAAAACUCCCAGCCAUCAGUGACCAAGAUAUGAAUGCCUACCUCGCAGAACAGUCACGCCUGCACUCUAUUGAUUUCAACAUGCUGAGUGCACUCAAUGAAAUCUAUUCCUAUGUCAGCAAAUACAGUGAGGAGAUCAUCGGGGCUCUGGAGCAGGAUGAGCAGGCGCGCCGGCAGCGCUUGGCAUACAAAGUAGAACAGCUUAUUGGUGCCAUGUCUAUGGAGAGCUGAAGAAAGGAGCAGGAUCUCCUGGAACAAAGAGAUGGAAGUAGUUGCCUCAAAAACUUCUGGGAACUGAGUAAAACCAGCAAGGAGGCUGCUGGGAACACACCUAAAGUAUACUGUGAUAACAUCCACCGAGGAAGAGAUGUUAGCCCAGAUACGUAGCUCAAAAUUCGAUCAUCAGAUUUCAGUCAAAAGGACAGGAGAAAACCAGUAACAAUGGGACAUCUGAAAAGGAAACCAGUUGGGUUUGCCAAGAAGUUCAGUUCCUCAAGUUGUACACCUAGAAAGGUUCUGGGAAGCCUAGAUUCCUCCAUGACUGCUGCUUUGCAUGAAAGUUGUUUGAUGUAUAUUAGGAGAUAACAAAAAUGCUAUUUAAAGUUUUGUUUUGUUUUUUAAAGAAAAAGGAAAGAGAGAAGGAAAAAAAAGAAUUGUAACAAAAACCACAGUGGCCACAUCAAAUAUCCCAUUGAUAAAAUUCCGCUGCAUACACUGCCCCUCCCAUCUCAUGAGAUCCCCGUUGUCUGUGGCUCAGAUGGAUGGUUCGCAAGUGGAUUUUCACGCCUUUGGGAAUGUUUGAAAAACUCCAUUUAUGCCUCUGCCUGGGAACUUACUGAAAGCCCCACAAGCACAAAUUUGCACCAAACCUUUCAAAUCGUGCAGCUGGGGAAAGAAAGUCCAGCAGUCUGUAUCUGCAAGAGGCACUUAGGAGAAAUGUACCUGAGUGGAAAAGCCAUCCAAUCCUUCAGCUCAUCUGUCUUGAAAUUCAUCUUCAGCUGUGUAUUUAUAGAGUACAGAUAUUUUUUUAAUACUCCUUAUUUACCAUUGGAGGGGCAUCUGGUUUUAUGAAAGUCCUUCAUUCCUCUUCUGCAUUGACACAAACCUUCGCCCUGUUGAAGAGAUUCCUCCCUGUCUCUGUGUAUUUGACAACUGUGUUCCUAAGGAAUGUCCUGUCCUUUUUGAAGCUAAGGAAAUUGUGAGUGGUUUAAACUGAAACUGGUGCAUUGUGGGCUUCUUCAGGUGCAAUUUGUGUAAAAUCUAAUUGGUUUUCUUAGUUGCUUGGGGUGUGGGUUGGUUAGCUUUUGGGUCGUUGUUUUCCUAGUCACUAUGUGAUUUCUUGCAGUAAAGGAAAAAAUGUUUACAGCAAGUAAUACUUGAAAAGUGUAGACCUAGUGAGGCAACAUAUUUAUUGCUUUCCCACAUUGGAUUCACUGGUGCUUAUGCAAUCAGGACAAAUGGCAUUUGCAUUUUUUCCCCCUCACACCAUAUGCAAGGUCAUGGAAAGGUCGAGCAUAAGACUUCUAUGUCUAGUGGGAGGGAGACAAAAGGAAAUGGCACGCUCUACAUGCCUGUUAUUGGCUGUUGUCUUUGUCUUUGUCCAUGUGUCCCGUCUUGGGUUAGGUUUCUUAGCUGACCCUAACAGCCCAUUUCUUAGUGAUCAGUUGAAGGCUGCUGUCUGUGAGUUGUUGUUGUUGUUCCUUUUUUAAAAAAGAAAAAGACCAAAGCUUUCUUGUCCCUUUCGAGAGUGCCAAGUAGCAGGUGGGAUGCUGUAAAUAUUUCUCUCUGUAAUAAAUAUUGAUAUUUGUGCA